CUUCUCAAACCGCCCGUUCCCAGGCCAAGGUUUCGAAUUCCUCUUCCCAGCACUAGGUUUUAGUUUUCGUAAUUCGUCUUCCUCGAAUCCAUGGAGUCUCUUUCUAGAUUUCACAAUUGUCACCAAACUCUAUACCUCUCUCGCAGUCACCGCCGUUCAUCAUUCCCUGAACCCAUCUCAUAUCUCUUCCUCAAAAUCCCAUCAUCAUCAUCCGUCAGAUCUGCAUCAUCAUCGCCAUCGCCAUCAUCGUCAUGGCCGGAGCCAAAACUCGCACUCUCUCAGACACUCAUGUCCCUCGUCAGAAUCACCUUCCCGACCAUGGCCUCCACAGCCACGGCAGCAUUGCUCUUCACUCUAAUGCGAUUCGACCCCAAGACCCUCGUUGCUCCAGCGUCCACCCUAGAACCCAGCGGAGAGAGCAGCGGUAUGAUUAUUAGGUACUUUGACCUUAAGGUAAAGAUGAAAGUUGUAGACUACGUGAUUGAGGUGAAACCCGACGACCAGGCUUGGCACUUGCUGAAAUUCCAGAUUCGUGGCUAUAGUCAAGAGCUCGACUCCGCUAGAUAUGGGUUCCAAAAAAUAUUGGCAAAAGACUUGUUAUGCCACAAGGCCCAUUCUUGCAACAUUAGGGGGUGUUUGGAAAUGGUUAAUGAACUCAAGGACUUGUCCACGGAAAUCGAGGCGGCCAUGGAAAAUUGCACCAACAAUGAUAUCAAGUAUUAUCUGAGGGAUUUCAAGGACUUGGUUGCCCGAGUGAAGGAUUCGAAGGGGCAGGUGUUUGGGGCAUUGACAUAUUUUCAGGAGCUGGACCAGGAGGAAGACAACGAGUCAUAGCAGAAAGCACUUGUCUCGAUGCUUUAUGGUUUGUGAGGACUUCAUUGCUUUUGUUUACGUUUGGUUAAUGCCUUUAUUCACAUUCAAACAAAUUAUAGUUGGCAUUCAAACAAAUUAGAGAGAGGUCUGAGGUGGAGUAGUUUUUUGUGAGUUGUUCACCCGCAUCUCUCAAUUUCUGUGGUAGAUGAUAGUUAGAGGUUGGUGAAUUUGUCUAUACUAGUUACUUGGGAGCGGAAAUAGUUACAUUUCCGCUUUUCUCUUUAUCUAAGGGCAUAUCUGUAGAUCGAAAGAGUUUAACGAGUUAAUAUGUUAUCAAAGCACACUUGAUCAUUUGGAAGUUU